AUGAAUAAUGAAAGUGAAGUAAUAGAUAAGCUGAAGAAGAAGGCAUCGAAAUCAAGGAACGGGUGCCUUACUUGUAAAAAGAAGAGACUCAAAUGUGAUGAGACCAAGCCGACAUGUCUAAACUGUUCUAAGAAGAAGUUGGCGUGUGGAGGGUAUGCCACGAACUUCAAAUGGAAAUCUUUCAAUGAUAGUGGACCAAGCAACAUGAUAAUAAACACAGUAAACCCGUACCCUGUAUCAGCAACACCAUCAGCCACUUCACUUUCUGCAUCAGCAUCAAUAAAUACGAAGCAGCACAACUUGUCCCCAAAUCAAAUCGAAGACUUGAAAGCAGAGCCCAUAGGACGAUCUGUCAGUGAGUCGUCAUUGAGAAAAAACGAUGUCUUGAAAAGACACCUUGAAUUGGCAUCGUUAUCGGUUACUGGUAAGUCAAUACUGGAUAUCAAAGUCGAAAAUGAACUAAUUUCUCAGGGUAUCAACCCUAACACUUAUUCCAAAGAGGGAAGUAAGAAAGCUUCUUUCGAAAUUCCAGUGGUGCACAAGAACAAGAGGAGCUACAGUCAUGAUACAGACAAAUCAUCUCCUGAUUUACUCGAUCAUGGAUACAGUAAAAUACGCCAACAUAGUAAAAGGCCCCGUUCCAAAAGCACGAACAGUCCAAUGGACGUCAGUACUUACAGGAACAACCUUCAUGGCAUAGCAAAUAAUGGCUUGGCUUCGUUAGCAGAGGUGGCCGUAGAUGAGAUAAGAGGUCGCUCACCUUCUGUAGAUCAACUGGAUAUUCAUCAUCAAGCACAGCAUAUUCUCCACCAGCAGCAUCAGCAGAAUUUGCAGUUUCUUAAUAAGAGAUUUCACAGUGACCAGAGUCCUAUCAGCUCUACUCAGAGUCCAUUUUCACCAGGGUUUUCAGACUUUCUAAACUCCCACCAUGCAAUUAGUUCUUCCACGUCAGAGGGCAGGUUAACUUCUGACAUAAAACCUAUUGGGGGGCCUAAUCUGCCUUCGUUUAGUCUGGUAUCGAGCCAUAAGUCAAGAAAAGAAACGUCUUUAGUUCAUAAAGAAGGCACAAUGCAAGAUGGUUUAAUUGAUUUGAAUUUGACUCCAUCGUUAUCUGCUUUGAUUAACUACGCUUUCAAUGAUAAAGAAAAUGAAGAGAGCAAAUUUGGAGCUAUGUUUGAUAUUCAACCAUUUAGUCCUUUAAAUUUGAACAACUCUAAUAGUACGGCUUUGGAAACAAAUACGUCAAAUAGGGUUUUGAAAUUGUAUAAUUCAGCUCAUUCGCCGCUACCAAUGAUCCAACAACAUGAGCAUCACGAUCUGGAACAAGAAGAACAUCGGAAUCUGCUUCUGCAGGUAUCCUACUUGUCAUCAAUUGAUAUUUCAAGGGCUGCCAGCCCCAGUGUCAAUACUGGCUUGGAACAAUUGUUGAUGAAUUCUAGUGAAAAUGAACAGAUUUUACAUUUGUAUUCACACUAUACUUGCCUGAUUAUGUCAAUUAAAAAUGGACCAAACGAAAAUCCCUGGAGAACACUUAUCAUUCCUUUAGCAAGGACAUAUCCCUGCCUCUUUAAUUCCAUUGCUGCUAUGACUUUGUUUCAUUUAGCAGGAAGCAAUUCAACAAACAGCGCAACUUUGAGAGCUAGAGGUUACACUUACAUGAAAAAGUGUAUUUUAGAGCUAGCCAGUGGUCUAACUAAGAUGAAUGAUAAUAAGCAAUCAUCUUCUAAUAUGGAUUUUAAAGAAUUACCGUCUGAUAUUGCUUUGACUACCUGUAUCAACUUAGCCGUUUGCGAGUGUUGGGAUAGGCAGACUUCUAGUGGGAUUGCUCACUUGAAAGGAGCAAAGAGUAUGAUUCAGAAGGUGUUGAACGUCUUAAAGAACCAGCAGUUCAUUGAUAUGAAAAGAUAUCUAAAUUCAAAAAAGUUGGAGUUUAUUGAUAACUUCGAUGAGAACAAAGUAGACAGAAUUGUUGAAUUGAAGAAGAAAUUGGUUACUGUUGAUGAAGUAGAAUGGGAGAGAAUAAUUCAAGAGAAUGGAGACAAGAUGAAACUUGACAGCAAGUUCAGUAUUGAUCAUAUGAGUAUAACAAUACCUCAAAAUUUGCAAUUUCUUUUCAAUGCCUGGAUUUACUUUGAAGUGCUAGCUCAAAUGACUACGGACUUUAACAAUGAUGAUAAAGGUAUUGAUUUAGUUGCAACGAUUACUUCAAUCUCUGAGAAGAACAAAAAAAGGAAGAGCAGUAAAAUUAGACCAGUUCCAAGCUCAACUGGUUCAAGUAGUGACCUUCAUAGUGAAUUAUCACCAAGUGAAAGACUGGACUCGAGUAAUCUGUCUUCUUUGGAGUACAGCAAUAACUUCAAAGGUAACCAGUAUGGAAACGGGAACAACUCUAAUGUGAAGAACUCCUUCAACAUAUUUGAUCAUUUUGAAACGUUCAAUUUCAAUAACGAUAACAUUGACCCGUUACUAGGAUGUGCUCAGACAUUAUUUCCAAUUAUGGGUAAAGUAGCAACCCUUAUCUCGAAAAUUAGGAGAUUACAAGAUGAGAAAAGUGGUGAUGUUAAAAAGGGGAAGAAGACCCAAAAUAAACAGAGCACUACGAAUCUUACAUUUAGAAAUUCCCUUUCCACUAUUACUCUAGGAACCCAACUAAGACAACAAUUAAUGGAGUGGAAGCCAACUAUUUCGUCCACUAUGAUGAAUCAGGGAGGUGGAAUGUUCAAUGGGAACGGGCAAAGAAAUGAUGAUGAUGAUGGUGAUUCUAAUUCAUUGACCUCCUGGGAUAUGCCUUCUUGUAUUGCAACAGCUGAAGCUUAUAGGUACUCUAGUUUACUUUAUCUUCACCAAGCAGUUCCAGAAAUACCAUCAUCAUCUUCUCACCAGCUCGCAGAAAAGGUUUUCAUAUUGCUUGCUUCUGUCCCAUUGACUACGAAUAUUUACAUUAUUCACAUCUUCCCAUUACUAGUCAGUUCAUGCGAAGCCGAUGAAGGAGAAGAAAGAGAAUGGUGCCUCCUUAGAUGGAAGACAUUAUCAGAAAAAAUGUGGAUUGGAAAUAUCGAUAGGGCAAUUGAAGUGGUCAAGGAAGUCUGGAGAAGAAAAGAUGAAGAAAUAAAUAAGAGAAAUGAGAGAAAUCGUGAAAGCGAAAAAGCCUCGUUUAAUAUAGCCGGAGGUGAAAACGAUGUUGCCAAGUUGACGAACAUAAACGUUCAAUUGAGUGGUUUAAUGGCCGCAAUUAACAACGAGAACGGAAACGAUGGAGACGAGUUAAGGGGCGGAAUUAAUAGCCGCUUUCAUUGGAGCUCGGUCAUGAAGGAAUGGGGAUGGGAGGUCCUUCUUGCGUGA